AGUGGAAUUUCAGGGGGAUAGGUAUUAGGGAAGACCCCUCAGAGGGAAGGGUAACCCCCCCCCCCUCCCGGCGUUUUUUUACAGAAAUGAUAAUUAUAAAAAAUUAGAGGAGUUUUAAAGGUAAAUCUGUACUUCCAGCGCCUAGAGGUGAUAUUUGAUUUUUCUGUAGAAAAAGUCUAUUAACAAAUUUUUCUUUCUGGUGCUUCGCCGGCCGAUACCGCGGCACGCUCGCUUCGCUCGCUCGGCUCGCGCGUUAAGGUCACAACACUAACCUAACCUAGCCUAGUGUGAAGUAUCACCACUUGGGCCUUAGAUAUAUAGUUUAGCCGUUUAAAUAAAACAAGUUUAAACACAAACACUGACUAACAGAUCUCAUUAAUGGCGGUAAAUUGUCACAUUUUGACAAUAGUACCAACAUAAUAAACUUAUAUUUACCAUAGACAACGAGAAACAUGUUAUUUUUGCAUAAAAAAAUGGCAGCACUGAUCAUGAAAAUUGCGAAAAAAAAAAUGUUGUCAAAAUUGACUCAUAACCUACAAAAAUAUUAAUUUUCAAUAAUUUUUUUCUCGAGUUCUAUUCGUUUCCGCCAAAAAAGAUUUCGUGUACGUGUUUUUAAUAGUUAAUACUUUGCGUGACAAAAAUUUCAGCUUGCAACUCAAUUACAUAUAAUGGAAAGGUGAGCCUUUAUUUAUCCAUAAAUUAAAUAUUUAUAUUCAAAAUCUAACAUGUCAGUAUGUAUGAUGAAUGUAAACAAUUUUUUCAGCAUUUUUCGAUAGCAUAUAAUUUUUUUCUCAUAAAUUAUAUCUCCUUUCCAAAACACACACACUUGCUACUGGGAGAUGAUAAAUAAAUCUCAGCCAAUUAUGAAAGGGUUGGAUAUUGUUUUGUUUUCUGACCACCAAUUCUAAUUAAACAAAAGUGCCUGCACUUAUGUACUACUUAAGCGAUGUAAGUUUAAACUCUAAAGUGACAAGUUGUGAUCCACGGAAAGUACUAAGUGUUGCCGAAUAUUCGGCCAAGAGCUUCGCCUAAUGUUCAGUAUUCUGCUAAAUAACUAUUUGUGGCAUCUCCAUUAAAUAUACCUUUUUACUGGAGGUGCCAAAAACACAAAUGUACAUCCAUGUUAGGCAAUAUGCUUUAAUAAAACUAUCAAUUGCAUAACAUAUUUUUAAUGUAACUUAUUUUAAAUACUUAAAUUGUUACUUUGACUUUCAGUAUUAUAAUUUUUUUGUAACCACAUAAUAUUUUACAUUAUUUUCAAAGAUUUUGUUCAUUGAGCAUUUCAUUCAAUUUAUGACAUUAGUGAAUAUAAGAAAGUCCUAUGGUUUACUAAACAAAAUGUAGUUGGGAGAUAUUGUUUGCAAAUUAUGGAUAGUUUUAGCUAAGUUAGGUGGUAUUGCAAAAUGAAACAAACAGAAAUCCAAGGAGAAAAUAAGUAGGUAUGAGAUGGACGAUACACGCCAUUGUUGGGCAGGCAUCUUGCUCAGGCUGGUGGGUGUCAGGUAGGCGACACACGUCAUCGUCGAGACAGGCGUCUUGCUCCAGCUAGUAGGUUUUUUUGAGUGUGUAUGCUGUUGGUCGCAGAUGACCUUUAUAGCGUCACCGGGUUUGGGGACGGCGAGAUCCUAAGGGGAGCUCAAGCCGAGAAUAGGCAAGUGCCUCUAGAGGUAUUCCGGGCUGAUGGCAUCUCCCCGCGGGGGGAUUCUCCUCUCUGUCUGGAGCCUCUUGACCAUUUGAACUUGAGGGGGUCGACUUAAUUAGAGGGCGUCUCUGAGACUCCAACCUCGGCUCUAGUUAGUAGUAGGGGGCGGGGAAAAACACCCAGGUACGUACCUGUACCUGGUAUAGUGUGUCGUGUGUAGACCGGGUCUUCGCACUCUUAUCCUACGGGUGUGGUGUCUGCCUAAUGCUAAGCCAGUGUGUAAGUAUGCUCUACGUACGAUUGGAGGACGGGAGGGCGGACGUGUGAUAGGUAGAGACUUUGACUACUGGGGUUUGGAUGAUGCGCGGCUUUAUCGAAGUAACGUCUCAAGGCGUCCUUCAUAUACUUCGCGAUGGAGUCUAAUUUGAAACCGCGAUGCAAAUCGAUGUUGCGCACGUACCACGGGCAACCCGUGGCACCGCGAAACACACGAUUUUGCAGCGUUUGUAGUGGUUUAAGACGCGACGGAGAUACGUGGGCAAAGCAAACAUUCGCGUAGGUCCUGAUAGGGCGAGCUAGUGGUUGCGAGAUUGACGACACCCGCCAUCGUCGGGGCGGGCGCCUUGCUCAGACUGGUAGGUGUCGAGUGGACGACACACGGCUAUGACAUAGAAUAUAUAGAGUAGGUACAUAGAGUUUUAACAAAGUAAUACCUGCUUUAGAAUUAUGUAGUUAAAAAUAAAUAUAUCUUAAGUAAAUCUUUUCUAUAAAAUUGUGACAACAAAUACAAUUUCAAUGCUAAGGUAAUGAGUGUAUGUGUAGGACAACAUACCAGACAGCAAACCAAAUUCAAUAAAAAAAUUGAAUUAGGCAUUUAGGUACAUCGCCAAACUGAAUAUAAAGCUAUAUUAGAAGAAUGGUCAGCUCAAUACUUAGGGGACAAGCACCGAGCAGGAUACACGCUUCAGCGACAAGGAGAAGAAGCUGAUGAAGCAAAUGAAGUUUGGUGAUUGUUUGACACAGCAGGUGGAUAUGUCCAAGGUGAAGCUGGAUGUCCUGAAACCAUGGAUAACUCAGAAGAUCACAGAAAUUCUCAAGAUGGAAGAUGAUGUGGUCAUUGACUAUGUCAACAAUCAACUUGAGGAAAAGUUCCCUUGCCCUAAGAAAAUGCAGAUCAACUUGACUGGCUUCUUGAACGGGAAGAACGCACGCCUUUUCAUGGGCGAGUUAUGGGAACUGUUGCUAAGCGCUCAAGCCAGUGAGAACGGGAUUCCGGAAUCCUUCACUCAGCAGAAGAAAGAAGAGAUAAAGAAAAGAAUGGAAGAGCAGCAGAAGGACAAGGAUAAGGACAAAGACAGGCGUCGGUCGCGGUCUCGCUCCCGCUCGCGGCGGCGCUCGCGUGAUCGUCGCCGCUCCCGGUCCCGAUCCAGAGAUCGUUCAAAUGACAGGAAACAUCGCAACGGUGGCAGCCCGCGGCGUUCCAGGCGACGUAGCCGCGACAAGGAGGGCCGCGACAACAGCAGCCAGUCCAAGACCAAUAUUGACGACAUCAAGUUGCCGCAAGCCAAAGAAAAUGGAAAAUCCCCGGAGAGGAAGGAAGAAGCAGAGGAGAAAGAAGAAGUGAACCAUAACUCUACAGCUGAGCCCGUUGUCGAGGACAAGCAAGAAGUCUCUGUUGUAGAGGAGGAGACUAUUGACGAGUCCCAGGCGAAAUCCAGAACAGCUUCACCAGCAAAAUCCACAGGUGAAAAGCCGGCUGAAGAGAAACCCGCUGAGAAAGGGCAUCGCUCGUCUAGCGAGAGGCGGUCUACAUCGGCGUCGUCACAUGGUAGUGCGAAGAAGAGGUCGUCACACAAGAAACGUCAGUACCGCUCCAACCGAGAUUCUUCUACCAGCGUUAGUCCAAGACGCAGUUCCCGAAGAGAGAGAAGCAAGUCUCGCCGCCGUACCAGUCGUCGCAGAUCAUUGGAUCGACGCGAGAGGGACCGAGAACGCGAACGCGAGAGGGAAAGAGACAGAGAGAGGGAACGUCGCCGUCGCGAAAGAGAGAGGAGGGAAAGGUCCCGUGAACGUCGUCGGUCGCUUGAAAGACGUAGACGAUCCCGAUCGAGGUCUCGACGACGUUCAAGAUCUCGCGACCGACGCCGGUCCCGGUCCCGCAGGCGAUCCCGCUCGAGGCGUCGCUCCGGGAGAGGGUCGCGGGACCGCCGCUCACGGGAACGAAGGUCCAGGGAUCGACGCUCCAGGGAUAGGUCCAGCAGAGACAGGAGAUCCAAGGACAGAACUAAAGAUAGGAGAUCAAGAGACAGAAGAUCCCGCGACAAGAGGUCCAGCGACCUUAUUAAGGAACGUUUGGAAAAGUCUGUUUCGAUUCCCAGAAAAGAAACAAUGGAAAAGGUACGGAAGAAGUCUUCAGAACGCGUGUCUGUGGCUCGAGAGGAACUUUCAAAGGAGAGAGUCCUUUCUAGUUCUAGCAGGGAGUCUUCAGUUGUCAAUGACAAAUCCAACACUGUACAAGAAGAUAGUCAGAUUAAAACAAUCCAGUCUUCCGAUGAGGAAGAUAGAGAAGAUUUUAUUCCCAUACCAACUCUUAGGGAAUAUUCAAAGAGCCUGUCACGAACUCCAUCACCAUUCUUGAGGAAGCAUGAAAUUGAGAGUAAUAAGAAAUCGGAUAAAUCUGGCGAUGACGCGUCUGGCAAAGAACAACAAGAGGAAGAAAAUAAAGUGAAGGAGGUCAAAAGAGGUAAACGUAAACCGCAUCGUUCGGAGUCUGAAAGUGAAAGCAGUGAAGAGGUUGCUAAGUCAAAGAGCAAAGCUAAACUUAAGAGGAAGGAGAAGGUUCCUUCAAAAAAAGCUAAAAAACCUAAAAAGGAAAGCUCUUCAAGCGAUAGCGAAUCUGAAGAGUCCUCCUCUUCCGACUCGGAGGAGGAAAGGAAGAAGAAAAGUAAAAAGACGUCUAAGAAGAAGGUGGCAAAGAAAUCUAGACGGAAGAGAGCUCGGUCUUCAAGCUCAGACUCUAGUUCUGAAGAGGAAGUUAAACACAAGAGCUCUAAAAAACAGAAGAACAUUCCAGAAGAAUCUGACAAUGACAAAAAGUCUAAGAAGCGGCCAAAAGACACCAGUGUUGAUAGAUCGAAAUCUGAAAAAGUUGAAGUCAAACAAUCUAAGUCAAAGAAAGUCGAGAAUUCUGAAGAUUCGCACGAUGAUAGUUCUGAUAGUGAUGAAAAAUCUAGUAAAAAGAAAGUAGCUAAACGUGAUACGUCCAGUUCAGAAAAGGAUGCAAAACGCAGUAAGAAAGGAGACCCACCGAAAGAAAAACAGCCUUCGCCUGAAGUAACGAAAUCCAAAAAAGGAGAUGAUAAGGUAAAACCUAAACACCCUGAAGAUCACAAAUCAAAGUCGCGCGAAGAAGGCGAUAAAAAAGCCAAGAAACGAGAAAAGGACGAUUCCUCUUCCGACAGUGAUCAAGUAUCUAAAAAGAGGGCAAAGAAAAAGGUAUCUGAAUCCGAAUCGGAAUCCGACAGUGAUGAACCUAAGAAAUCCAAAAAGGCUAAAAAACAUAAGAAACACUCUAAAAAACACAAGAAACAUAAGAAACACAAGAAGUCAUCGAAAAAGAAGGAUGAUUCUUCUGACAGUGAGGAGAUGGAGGAAGAGGAAGAGGAGGGAAAAGUGAAUAACGAAGACCUUGAGAAGAAAUUACGCGAGAGGGCGUUAAAAUCAAUGAAAAAGCAAACUAGUGUGUCCGGUUCCGACUAGCUAAUAAAGGUAUACUGUUUACACUAAGCAUUGCCGACUUUAUUGUAGGUUUACAACCUAUUGAUGUUUUAAUUUAAUUUUAAUGUUGCUAUAAUUUACUAUAAUGAAGUAGCAUGUAUGACUAAGAAUACGUGUAUGUCACAUUGUUAGUAAAUAAAGUUUUGAAACUUAAGUAAACAGUUUAUUUAUUUUC